UCAUUUAGUGAGUACAGUGCUUGUAUCAUAUUAUUCUUGAGUUUCGCGCAGUUCGGCAGUUGGGAAAAAUAAGAAGUGGCGAAGUGUAAUCAACAAUGUGUUUAAUAAAAUCAUAAGUCUUAAUAUAUUUUUAAUAGAUAUACCAAAUUAGUAAGUGUCUUCUAUAUGUGUACUCGUUUCUCAAAUUGUGUGUGCAAACGUAAAUACGAAAAUGGAUGUAGAUAUCAUUAAGUGGAGCAACAAAGAAGUUAUGGAAUUGUUACAUAAAGAGAAGAUAUCAUCAUUUAUAAAAGAUAUUUGUAAAUCUCAAGAUAUAGACGGUCAGUGUUUACUCUCUUUCGUCGACCGUGAUUUCUAUGACUAUCCUUUUGAGCAACUGAAACUGGGUGAAAGGAAAAGGUUCAUACUAUUAAUAAAAAAAUUGCAAAGAAAUAAUCGUAAAGCGAUGUACGAACUUGGUUUAUGCGAAGAUCAAACCUUAAAUAAUCCUGCCACAAAUAUAAAUUUUGUUGGCACUAAUUUGUCACAUUUAAGCUAUAAUCUGCACAAUCAACUACAAAGUGAAUUAUAUGCAACAAAUACUGAAUGCAUAUCUACCUAUACUCCAGAUGUUAAAGCUUCCAAAUUGAAACCUGAAGUGUGGAAAACUGCCAUUGCUCUAGGCUAUGUGUUCUUGGUGACGUGGGUGACAGCCGUUGUAAUGGUGAUUGUACAUGAUAAGGUUCCAGAUAUGAAAAAAUACCCACCACUGCCUGACCUCUUCUUAGAUAAUGUACCUCACAUACCAUGGGCUUUUGACAUGUGUGAGAUUACUGGAUCAUUUCUCUUGGCAAUUUGGCUUGUAGUGCUGUUCUUCCACAAACACAGGUUUAUAAUACUCCGGAGAUUCUUCGCGUUAGCCGGCACGGUGUUCCUGUUGCGGUGUUUCACGAUGUUAAUAACAUCACUGUCUGUGCCGGGGUCUCACUUGAAGUGUGAGCCGCGAUUCUACCCGCCGGCGGAUGAUCUUACUGUUUGGGGGCGACGCCUGCGCCAAGCAUAUGACAUAUGGAGUGGCGCCGGUAUGUCCGUCCGCGGGGUCCGGACCUGCGGCGAUUACAUGUUCUCGGGGCACACUGUGGCUCUGACACUACUUAACUUCUUCAUCACCGAAUAUACUUCCCGCAGUUUGUACUUGCUGCACAUCCUCACGUGGGUGAUGAACAUGUUCGGUAUAUUCUUCAUCCUGGCGGCUCACGAGCACUACUCCAUCGAUGUGUUCAUCGCGUUUUACAUUACCUCACGUCUCUUCCUCUACUACCACACACUCUCCAACAACCAAGCGUUAAUGCAGAGUGACUCUUCCAGAACAAGAAUCUGGUUCCCACUGUUAUCGUUCUUCGAAUCAGAAGUCGACGGCAUCGUUCCGAACGAGUACGAGGGGCCAAUGGAGAUAGUCAACAAUUUGAAACAGUGGUUGAUACAGUUCGUUAUCGACGUGAAGAAAUCUUCAAUGGCGAAAAUAGCUGGAACUAAACUACAGGAAGGCGCCGCGAUGGGAGAGUACUCAGUCGUCAGACUCGUGGACGGCAUCAAGCGGAAUCUGAGUCUGAUCGAAGAGUACAAGAGCUCCCGACAGCGACUCGUCACUCUCGACAAGACCGUGCAGGCCGGCUUGCUGGACGAGUUGCCGGACUCGGACCUGCGGCACCGGAACAUAGCGGAACUAACUAGCGACACACUCUUCAGAGAAUUUAGCAAUCCACCGUCACCGAUCAUGAAAAAGAAUAUAUGAGCUAUCGCCCUUCGAGUCGGCGGUCCGGACCGUCUUCUAGGUAUCCAUGAGUGCCGUAAAAACCUGAGCGUUUUACAUUUCCAUUUUAGAUUUUAUAUCAUGUUAUUCCAUAUUUAUACUAAGUUAAAUAUGUAGAAAAUUACAAAGAUUUAUUUGCUCAAGAUAAUCGUGAAAAUAUAACGAUAGGCUUUAAUAAUCUU